AACAGUUCAUUGACGUUGCAUUUUGUAUUGCAGCAAGUUGCCGACGUCAACAGUAAACUUAAUUCGUAUUUAAUAAUAUUAUUAAACAAGUGAAAAGUUCAAUAUAAUAUACACUUUAAUAUUAAUAAUUACCUAGUAAAUGUAUUAAACUGAAGACUAAAAACGAUCUUCAUAUAGCAAAAUCAAAACAGCUUCCUGUUAUGGUUUGUUGGUACUAGCCAAAAAUAAAAAUGUGGUGUUGUUCCUAUGAAUCCAACUGACACACCUGAGGAGGCUGUAGUAAAGUCAGAACCUGUAUUGAGUGAAGAAGCAGAACAACUUCAGGACUCGGCAACGGCAGCACCAGAACCAGAACCUAACACACCAGAAGAAAUGGACAGUGACGCAAAAAAAUCAAAUAAUCGAAGAUUUAAUAAUUAUGGAUAUAUUAAGUAUGUAAGCUUGGUGAUACUAACAGUACAAAAUGCAGCAUUAGGGCUUAGCAUGAGGUAUGCCCGAACUAGAGAUGUAGAAAUGUUUUCAUCAGCAGCUGCUGUGUUAAUGGCAGAAGUGUUUAAACUUAUAAUAUGCAUAGGUCUUGUUAUGCACGAAUCUGGUGGUGUAGAAAAAGGGGUCCAAUCUAUGUACAAAAUAGUUGUAUUGAAUAUUCGAGACACUUUAAGAGUAUGUGUGCCCUCAUUUCUGUACAUAGUACAGAACAAUUUGCUCUAUGUGUCAGCAUCUAAUUUAGAUGCUGCUACUUACCAGGUUACAUAUCAGCUAAAAAUAUUAACAACAGCGUUUUUUGCUGUUGUGGUAUUGAAAAGACAGCUCAAAAAGUGGCAGUGGCUGGCAUUAGUUAUCUUAGCAGCUGGUGUAGCUAUUGUACAAUUGUCUUCAACAGAAAAAGCACAUGUCAAAUCACAUUUACCAGAGCAAUCCAAGAUCAUAGGAUUUAGUGCCGCUCUAGCAGCAUGUUUCUUGUCUGGUUUCGCAGGAAUAUACUUUGAGAAAGUACUUAAAGAAUCAGACAUAUCUGUAUGGAUGAGAAAUGUGCAGUUGAGUUUAUUAUCAUUGCCAUUCGGAACCAUUACUUACCUUAUAAAUGAAGGAACACAAAACAAUUUAUUGAAAGGCUUUGAUGCUUUUGUUUGGUAUCUAGUCUUAUUGCAAGCAGCAGGGGGUCUCAUAGUUGCUGUGGUCGUAAAAUACGCAGAUAACAUAUUAAAGGGUUUUGCAACAUCAGUUGCGAUCAUCAUAUCUUGUGUAGCCUCCAUCUACAUAUUCAAUUUCAACCUAACUGUACAGUUUGCUAUUGGCACAAUAUUCGUGAUAUUUUCAAUUUUCCUUUAUGGUUAUGUACCCAAGAAACCAGAGCCCCGGAAUUCUUUAAAUGAACAAUAUAAAGAUGGUCAAGACAAAUUAUACCUUUAGAAGAUUAUGCCUUCAAAUGGAUUUCAAUCUCUAGUCUAACUAGAAUAGUUGCUAUUAUAGUUUGAAGUAAUUGUUUAAGGAAUAUUAAGACAUGAAU